AGUCCUUGCUAACUUUCCCUCUUCUGCUGCUCAAAAUGCUGGUUGAUUGACUUGUGGACUUAGUUAGGUUCAGGCCAUGGAGAGGACCACAUCGAGAUGGAGCAGCCGCACAGCUGUGGUGCUAGGAUUCCUGGCAAUGAUCUUGUUCAUCUCAGGGACUUCUGCUGUGAAGUGCCAUGAUUCCAGGACCGUCUUGAAAUAUGGCUCCAAGGGUCAGCUCAGCAUGAAUGUGUCUAUGUUUCAAGAGUUUAGCAACUGUUCCCAGAAUGUGUGCAUGGAGGAAACGGUUAUGCUCAGAACAGACAGAAAUGUUAUACUCGCAAUCUACCGAGGCUGCGCUGGACAAGACCUUAAUGACACUGGAGCCGCCAGCUUUGAUGAUCAGCACUUCAUCAUUCAGUCCAAUGCGAGUUAUUGUUCCGAGGACCUUUGCAAUAAGGAAAUUACAGUCCUCGGAGAUCUCCCUGAGACCCCUGGACAGGACAAAGCAUCUGAAGCAAGCGGGUCCAACCAGUGCUAUUCUGGCCUCGCCUCUACCUCCAGCAACGUCUUCCGGGAGAGAGUGACAUGCAGAAAGGGUUACAGUCAGUGCUAUGAUGGCGGAGGCUACAUUUCCAUAGGCCCCCAAGUAAGCUUAUCGUCACGCCUCUUCAUCAAGACUUGCCAGAGGCCAGUCUGUGCUGUGCCUCAGAACCUGUCCUUUGGCGCCAUCAGGAUCCAGCUGUGGGGCUCCUGUUGCCUUGGCAGCAAUUGCAAUGGGAACACAACGGCCCCCGAGAUCCUCAGUCAAUGUUGCAGCAACGACAACAUUCGCAGCCCUGAUUCCACCAAAUCCGAUUCGGAAGGUGGCGCUGGAAUCAGCCCUAUGGUGCCUGGCGACAGCGGGGUCACCGACUCCAACACAACCCGUCUGCUUCCACCUGAGGCCGUUGAUUAUGAAGAUAUUGGGAAGGAAAUAUUUCUGCCCCCUUGGAAGCCAAUAGAAGGGCAUUGGGUAAUGGCCAGUGGGUCCAGGUUGCCAAACCUUCAGUACUGGCUGCUGUUGCUAGCCCUCGGAAGAACCGUCCUUGAGAUAUCAUAGGAAGCAAGAGGAUUGGGAGCCCCUUUGAGUCCUAGGCGAUGUGUUCAUUUUUGGAAGGGCUGUAUUUGGAAGAGCAGGGAGUCAAGGCUCACCCCCACACACACAUACACACCCCACCACACACACCUUGACCACUUCUCAUGUUUAGGCCCGGCCUCACCCUGCAGCACCACCAGGUAGCUGUCUGGCUUCCUAUGGCCCAUGUUGACUGCCGCCAUAUGCUUUCAGGUCCCCCGGGAAGGGCAAGGACCAGCCACCAUUUUCCCCACCAUUCCCUUGACCCAGCACCAUUCCUGGGCAGGUGUGUAACUAUAAUAGGGCAAGGGGAGACAGUUGUCUGGGGCCCCACUGCCUCCCCCCCCCGAGGCAAGUCACAUGACUGACUCCCCCAGCCGCACACCCACCCGGCCUUCCUUCAGUUGUGUUCAUCCUCCGAAAUUGAUGUGAGUGUGAAGACCUGGAGCUACCAGAACAGCAUGUCUUUCUCUAGUACCAUUAAAGGACUUGCAUCGUCCACAAUUUACAAAACCUUUUAAAAAAUAAUAUAGGAUGGUGUUCUAUUGUGGUGCCUGCGUGCACACACACACACACACACACACACACACACACACACACAGACAUAGACAUACACAUACAUAAUUUUACUUUUUGCUUACCACUAGUUGGUGCUUUUUGUUACCACUAUUCAGCCUCAUUUAAGAUUUCUUUACUUCAUGAGCUGAGCUUCAGUGGGCGGGGGGGCAUUUCUUGUCUCUGGGGCCACGCCAACCGUGCUACGCCCCUGUUGCUGGGCCCUGUGGAGUGGGCAUGGCAGCCCCAAAAUGUGGUUUGUGAUGUUACAGUGGGGCACUGUGAGGGAAGGCAUGGCACUCGGCAGUCACUGCGAAGAGCGCCAUUGCUUUCUGAGGUAGUGGUGUAAACAGAAAAACAGUAAAGAAGUCCAAGCCCCCUUGCCACUGCAGGGAAGCCCACAGAACUCCAAGGGACUGAAGCCUUACAACUGGAAUGAGGGUUGCUCCUGUUGCUUUUUGAAAAAUACAAAGUCAUUCUUGAGAGAAA